CGAGGCCGGGACGCCAUGGCGGGGGAGCCCGCUGGGGCCGGGGCCGGGGCCGGAACCGGGCCUGGGGUCGGCGCCGGGGCCGGGGUCGGGGCGGACGUGGAGCCGGAGUUCGACCAGGAAAAGUACGACGCGGCCGAGAACGUCAAGAUCAUCUGCCUUGGGGACAGCGCCGUGGGCAAGUCCAAGCUCAUGGAGAGAUUCCUCAUGGACGGAUUCCGGCCCCAGCAGCUCUCCACCUACGCCCUGACCCUCUACAAGCACACGACCACUAUCGACGGUAAAACCAUCCUUGUGGAUUUCUGGGACACGGCGGGGCAGGAGAGGUUCCAGAGCAUGCACGCCUCCUACUACCACAAGGCCCACGCCUGCAUCAUGGUGUUUGACGUGCAGAGAAAAGUCACCUACAAGAACCUGAACACCUGGUAUGCGGAGCUUCGAGAGUUCCGCCCCGAGAUCCCUUGCGUCGUGGUGGCCAAUAAGAUUGAUGCCGACACCAAGGUAACCCAGAAAAGCUUCAACUUUGCCAGGAAGUUUUCACUGCCUCUGUACUUCGUCUCGGCCGCCGACGGCACCAACGUGGUGAAGCUCUUCAAUGAUGCUAUCCGUUUGGCGGUUUCUUACAAACAGAAUUCCCAAGACUUCAUGGACGAGAUCUUACAAGAACUCGAGAACUUUGAGCUGGAGAAGAAGGUGGGGUCCGUGACGGAAUCGGAACCGAGCGAAGCCUCUCUGAACCUUCCAUCCCCCUGAGUCACCCUCUGCCCUCCCCUCUCCUCACCACCCCAGCACCCUGAGUCACCUUGUCCCAAGCGGCCCGAGCCCCGCCCCCCCACCUCCCCUCCGUGCCAGCUCCUGCUGCCCUCGCCCAGCUCCCCCUCGGCUCUGGGGUGCGGCAGGAGGCCCGAGACCCCAAGCGGAAAGGGAUGCAGCCGCGGAGCCAUCCCAGAGACAGAGCGGUGACCGAGAGGGCAGCCAUCCCCCACCGGGGCAGGGUUGGGACAUGCCCCGGGCCGACCAUCCCCCCAUUCGGAACCGGGGGCAGCGAGGGCAAUGAGGUGAUGUACGCAUCCACCUGAGGAACAGAAAAAAUAAAUAUUUUUUUGUCAACAUUGA